AUGAAUGUACUAAUUUGGAAUUGUAGAGGAGCUGUUAAGAGGAGGCUUAAAGGAAUGCCUGUAUCCUUUAUGAAGAAACACAAAGUUGAAUUGGUUAUUCUUUUGGAAACUAGAGUCAAUGGGCCUAGAGCCCUUAAAACUAUCAGCAAGUUGGGCUUCUCAAACCACAUCAUUGAGGAAGCUAGGGGCUUUGCUGGGGGCAUCUGGGCCUUAUGGAACCAAACCUCCUUCUCAAUUGACCUUGUCGACAAGAGCCUCCAAUGUAUCCAUUUGAGAAUCUCCUGGCAAGACAAAGACCCACUCAUUCUCUCGGCUGUUUACGCAAGCCCAGAUAUAGUGAAGAGGAGGAAGUUAUGGGAGGAAAUUAUGUUGUUUAAUGUGCAAAACAAAGAACCUUGGUUCAUCGCUGGAGAUUUCAACGAGAUCCUGGGGUCUAAUGAGAAUAGGGGAUAUGCCCCAGUGGAUCUCAACAGAUGUGCGGACUUUGCUGAUGUGUUAGAUAGCUGUAAUCUUAUGGACUUGGGUGGAGCAGGCCCUACGUUCACAUGGAAGGGCCCCAAAUUUGCUCACCUGGACCGGGUGUUCAAGAGGCUGGAUAGAGCUGUGGCCAACGAUUCCUGGAGAAUAAGGUUUGACGAGGCUGGAACUCGGAAAAGUGGGAGGAUAGCCCGUUCCGGCUUUUACCCCUGGCUUGAGCAUCCUAGUUUCAAACAAGUCCUAACAGAGAACUGGAGGAACAACUUGGAAUCGGAGGGCAAUCUUAGGCUGCUGGUGCUUAUUCUAAAGGAGUGGAAUACUUUAACAUAUGGUCACAUUAUCCAUAAAAAGAACAAUAUUCUCCGCAGACUUGAGGGGAUUCAGCAAAGCUUGGAGAAUUACCACAACCCUAAACUGGAAAGACUGGAAGUUGAUCUGAGAAAGGGAGCUAGAGUUGCUGCUUGA